AUGGCUAAAAAGAAGAAAAUUACUCAUGGUGCAAAUGAUAUUUCUCCUGAAGAAGCUCGUCGAGAAUUUGGCAUUUCUUAUGAUGAAUUAGAAAAAUUAAUGCAAACACGAGGUCAUGAAGGUAUUUUAAAACUUAAUGAAAGUUAUGGUGGUCUUGCUGGUCUAGGACAAAAACUUAAAACAAAUUUAAUUACUGGUUUAGCCGAAGAUGAAACUGAUUUAGCCUUACGUGUAGCAGCAUUUGGUCGUAAUGAAAUUCCACCUAAACCACCGAAAACAUUUUUUCGUCUUAUGUUUGAUGCCCUUCAAGAUAUAACACUUGUUAUUCUUAUAAUAUGUGCUAUAAUUUCAUUUGGUCUAUCAUUUUAUCAUCCAACUGAUGAAACAUUUCAAGCUGAAUUAAAACAAAAAGAAGCAAAUGUUGAAUGGAUUGAAGGUGCAGCAAUUAUUAUUGCUGUUAUUGUUGUUGUUCUUGUAACAGCAUUUAAUGAUUGGACAAAAGAACGACAAUUUCGUGGUCUUCAAUCAAAAAUUGAAAGUGAUCAAAAAUUUAAUGUUGUUAAAAAUAAUACUGUUAAACAAAUUCUAAUCAAAGAUAUUGUUGUUGGAGAUAUAUGUCAAAUUAAAUAUGGAGAUUUAUUACCAGCUGAUGGUGUUGUUGUACAAUCAAAUGAUCUUAAAGUUGAUGAAUCAUCAUUAACUGGUGAAUCAGAUUUAAUUAAAAAACAUGAAUCAAAAGAUCCAUUUCUUUUAUCGGGUACACAUAUUAUGGAAGGUAGUGGAAAAAUGUUAGUAUUAGCUGUUGGGGAACAUAGUCAAACAGGAAUGAUAUUUAAAUUAUUGGGUGCAACAAAAGAAGAUGAUGAAGAGAAAAAAGCACCGAAAAAUAAAAAAGAAAAUGCGAAUGGUCGUGUUGAUGCUGAUGCUAGUGAACAUUUGGUAACACCAGGAUUGAACGCAGGUUCCACUGGAAAUAAUCUUGAUGCAACUGAAUUACAAGAAGUUGCUAUUGAUCAAGAAAAAGAAACAGCUGGUGAUGAUGAUACAGGAGGAUUUAAAGUUAAAGAACGAUCAAUUUUACAAGCAAAAUUAACUAAAUUAGCUAUUCAAAUUGGAUAUGCAGGCAUGACAAUUGCUAUUUUAACUGUAAUUGUUCUACUGGUACGAUUUUCAGUUGAAGAAUUUAUUCAACGUCGUGAACGUUGGAGUAAUAAAUAUUUUAAUCGAUUUGUACGUUAUUUAAUUACAGGUAUAACUGUCUUAGUUGUUGCUGUACCUGAAGGUUUACCAUUAGCUGUAACAAUAUCAUUAGCUUAUGCUGUUAAAAAAAUGAUGAUAGAUAAUAAUUUAGUUCGUCAUUUGGAUGCAUGUGAAACAAUGGGUAAUGCAACAGCUAUAUGUUCAGAUAAAACUGGAACAUUAACAACAAAUCGUAUGACUGUUGUACAAGUUUAUGUUGGUGAAAAACAUUGGAAAAAUGUUGAAAAUCCAAUAAGAGCUAAAGAAAUUUCUAUACCAGAUAAAACAAAAGAUAUUAUUCUUGAAGGUAUAUCAGUUAAUAGUAGUUAUGCAUCAAAAUUACUUGCUCCACCUGAAAAAGAAACAUUACCAAAACAAGUUGGUAAUAAAACUGAAUGUGGUUUAUUAGGUUUUGUUGUUGGUCUUAAUGGUAAUUAUAAUGAUAUACGUCAACGUUAUACUGAAGAAAAAUUUGUACAUGUUUAUACAUUUAAUUCUGUACGAAAAAGUAUGUCAACUGUUAUACAACGUCCUGAUUCAAUAGUACGUAUGUAUACAAAAGGUGCAUCAGAAAUUGUUUUAAAAAAAUGUAAAACAAUAUUAAAUCGUAAUGGUGAAAUUAUACCAUUUUCAAAUGUUGAUUAUGAUCGUCUUGUACAAACAGUUAUUGAACCAAUGGCAUGUGAUGGUUUACGUACAAUAUGUGUUGCAUAUAGAGAUUUUCCAUCCGAUAAAUUACCUGAUUGGGAUGAUGAAGCAAAUGUUGUUGAUCAAUUAACAUGUGUUUGUAUAUGUGGUAUUGAAGAUCCUGUACGACCUGAAGUACCUGAAGCUAUAGCUAAAUGUCGUAGUGCUGGUAUAACUGUACGUAUGGUAACAGGUGAUAAUGUUAAUACAGCUCGAUCAAUUGCACUUAAAUGUGGUAUUAUAUCACCAAAUGAUAGUUUUUUAGUACUUGAAGGAAAAGAAUUUAAUCGACGUAUAAGAGCAAAACCAGAUGGAGAAAUUGAACAAAAUUUAAUUGAUAAAGUUUGGCCAUCAUUACGUGUAUUAGCACGUUCAUCACCACAAGAUAAAUAUGUACUUGUUAAAGGUAUAAUUGCAUCAAAAAGAAAUCCAACACGUGAAGUUGUUGCUGUUACGGGUGAUGGAACAAAUGAUGGACCGGCAUUAAAAAAAGCUGAUGUUGGUUUUGCUAUGGGUAUACAAGGUACUGAUGUAGCAAAAGAAGCAUCAGAUAUCAUACUUGUCGAUGAUAAUUUUAAUUCAAUUGUUAAAGCCGUUAUGUGGGGACGUAAUGUAUAUGAUUCAAUUGCAAAAUUUCUUCAAUUUCAAUUAACUGUUAAUGUUGUUGCUGUAUUUUGUGCUUUUAUUGGUGCAUGUAUUGUUAAAGAAUCUCCAUUACGUGCUGUACAAAUGUUAUGGGUGAAUUUAAUUAUGGAUACAUUAGCAUCAUUGGCACUUGCUACAGAAGUACCAACAGAAGAAUUAUUAACACGUAAACCUUAUGGACGUACACGACCAUUAAUUUCACGCACAAUGAUGAAAAAUAUUCUUGGUCAUGCUAUUUAUCAAUUAGCUAUUAUGCUUUUUAUUUUAUUUGCUGGACCUAAAGUAUUUGAUAUGGAUGAUGGUCGUCCAGUAAAUAAUGUAUUUAAACCAUCAGAACAUUUUACAAUGAUAUUUAAUGUAUUUGUUUUAAUGACGUUAUUCAAUGAAAUAAAUUGUAGAAAAAUUCAUGGUGAAAAAAAUGUUUUUCGUGGUAUAUUUACAAAUCCUAUUUUCUAUGGUAUAUGGAUUGUUACAUUUGUUGUACAAAUUCUUCUUGUUCAAUAUGGUUCAUUUGCAUUUGCAUGUGUUGCAUUAACAUUUGAACAAUGGAUGUGGUGUUUGUUCUUUGGUGUUACAGUACUUGUAUGGAAUCAAGUCGUUAAUUUGAUACCGGUGACACGUCAUAUGCCAAAAUGGGGUUCAGGUGAAGUUUAUAGUCAAACAUUACCCGUUGAUUUAGGUCAAGAAGGACAAACACGGCCAGGAACAAGUUUAACAAAAGGACAAAUACUUUGGUUAAGAGGAAUAACACGUCUUCAAACACAGCUUCGUGUGAUAAAAGCAUUUCAAGAUUCAAUUGAUCGACAACCGCCUGAAUAUGCAACAUUAGAUCGGCUACGAGCCGCUACUGUGCCCAAAUUAACCUCGUUUUAUUACGACAAUCGACCUCUUACUCGUCCUCAUUCUCUUAAUCCUAUUAUAACUAUAAACACAAAUAUGACUGAUAAUCAUCAACCAUCAUCACCAACCUUUGAAAAUACCCAACUUUAG